GUAAACUUUCAAGAGGACGGUGGAGAGCCAUGAAUUUAGUUAGCUUCCUCUCUUCCUCUUCCUCUUCCUCUUCCUCUUCCUCCGCCACCUCACCGCCGUCUUCAAUCUUCUUUCCCCCUCCCGCUUUAUAAACUCUUCUCCACACUCUCCUUCUUCUUCGUGUUAUCCAAGGUUACACCUCUCUAUCUCUCCCUCUCUCCGAUCAUGAUGCCACCCGAACAAGAUACAACCGCCGCCGCCCCCACCACUCCAACCUCCCAUCCCCACCCCGACGUCCUCGUCCACGCCGUCCCCUCCACCACCGACACAUUCUCCAUUCUCCGUCAUUCCCUCUUCCCUCUUACCCUCAAGUUUGAAGACAUCUCCUACACCAUCAAAACCCAUUCCACUAAAACCAACGGCUGUUUAUGGAGGAAUCAUUCCCAACCCAACACUACACGCACCAUAUUGAAUGGUGUUAGCGGCGUGGUUCGCCCUGGGGAGCUUCUCGCAAUGCUGGGCACAUCCGGCAGCGGCAAAACCACUCUUCUAACUGCCCUUGCUGCCCGCUUGCCUGGCAAAAUCUCCGGCGCCGUUACCUAUAACGACAAACCCUUCUCCAGCUCCAUUAAGCGCAAAAUUGGCUUUGUUUCCCAAGACGAUGUUCUCUACCCUCAUCUCACUGUCCUUGAGACUCUUACCUACGCCGCCAUGCUCAGGCUGCCCAAGGAGUUGUCACAGGACGACAAGGUUGCGCAGGCGGAGAUCAUCAUUGCGGAGCUCGGUCUCACUCGCUGCCGGAAUAGUAUAAUCGGUGGGGGGCUUCUCCGGGGGAUCUCUGGCGGGGAGAGGAAACGGGUUAGUAUUGGUCACGAGAUGAUUGUGAACCCCAGCUUGCUUUUCUUGGAUGAGCCUACUUCUGGGUUGGACUCCACCACGGCCCAGCGGAUUGUUGCUACCUUGAGGGGACUGGCUCGUGGCGGUCGGACUCUGGUUAUGACCAUUCAUCAGCCUUCGAGUCGGUUGUAUAGGAUGUUUGAUAAGGUGCUGGUGUUGUCCGAUGGCUGCCCUAUUUACAGCGGCGACGCCGGUCGAGUCAUGGGUUAUUUUGAGUCCAUUGGAUAUGUUCCUCCCUUCAAUCUCAUGAACCCAGCUGAUUUUCUCCUCGAUCUUGCCAAUGGCAUAGCGCCAGAUUCAGCUCGCGAAGAUGAAGUGGACCAUUUCCAUGGCGGAUUAGACCCUCAAGACGAUCAAAAUUCCAUCAAACACUCUUUAAUUGCUUCAUUCAGAAAGAACAUUUACCCUGAAAUCAAAGCAGAGAUUCUUGCCAAAACGAAGAUCUCCACGGUUGAUUCAAGAACGGAUUCCCCACGAGGAAGAGAAAAUCAAUGGACGACGAGCUGGUGGGAGCAGUUUAGGAUAUUACUGAAAAGGGGAUUAAGAGAAAGGCGACACGAAUCGUAUUCUGGGCUGAGGAUUUUCCAAGUUAUGUCGGUUUCGUUUCUUUCAGGGCUUUUAUGGUGGCAUUCGGAUCCUUCGCAUAUACAGGAUCAAGUUGGUUUAAUCUUCUUCUUCUCAAUCUUCUGGGGGUUCUUCCCACUGUUCAGCGCCAUCUUCGCAUUCCCACAGGAGCGGCCAAUGCUGAACAAAGAGCGCUCCUCUGGGAUGUACCGUCUGUCCUCAUAUUACAUGGCUAGAACAGCAGGGGAUUUGCCAAUGGAGCUGGUUCUUCCCACCAUUUUCGUGACAGUGACAUACUGGAUGGGGGGUUUGAAGCCGUCACUGCUCCCAUUUCUGCUGACCCUUUUGAGUGUUCUGCUAAACGUGCUGGUGUCGCAGGGUCUAGGCCUGGCCCUAGGCGCGAUUCUGAUGGAGGUGAAGCAGGCUACCACGCUGGCGUCCGUGACCAUGCUGGUGUUUCUUCUGGCGGGUGGGUAUUACAUUCAGCACAUUCCUCCAUUUAUCUCGUGGCUUAAGUAUGUAUCCUUUAGCCAUUACUGCUACAGGGUUCUGGUGGGGAUUCAGUAUAAUGUGAAUGAGGUGUAUCCCUGUGGGUUUGGGGUGCAGCGUUACUGCAAGGUGGGGGACUUUCCUGCUGUUAAGUGCUUGGGGAUUGGGCAUCCGUGGGGGGAUGUGGCUGCUUUGGUGCUCAUGUUGGUUGGGUAUAGGGUUUUGGCGUUUCUUGCUUUGAAGAUGGGACAGCCUCACUGAUGUUCGGUGCUCAGAUUUUUUCUACCUUUUUGGGGAAGAACAGAGUUGGUUCAUUGUGUUCUUGUAGCCGGAUUAGUGCAAAUUGUAUGUUACAUACUACAUUUAAUCUCGAUCUUCUCGUGAACUCGAAAGAAAAUGAUUAGAAAAUUUGAACGAAUCGAACCGAACUGAUCUAAGCUGACUGGUUUGAUUCGAUACUAUGUGUUUUUGGUUACGCCGUUGUGAUUUGCGGAUGGCUAACAAUGUUAUACGACAUGGAAAUAAGGUGGUCGGUUCUUAUUGAUGCCAUUGUGAUUGUAUUCAUUAACCGUGAAUCGAAAAAUUCUAGACAUGAUACUUCAUAUAUAAUAAAGCUAUAUGCGUUAACCGGGUA